ACGUGGCUGUCUCGGGGCUGCUGUUGCUGCCGCAGGGUUCCGGCGGGGGCCGGGGGUUCGGGAAGGCACCGCGGGUCCCCGGGAAGGGGACGAGUUGACAGAUGUGCGUGAGGAAGCCCCUGGUCGGCCUCACCUUUUGUACCUGCUAUCUGGCUUCUUACCUCACGAACAAGUAUGUCCUGUCUGUCUUGAAAUUUACCUACCCUACAUUAUUCCAAGGGUGGCAGACCCUCAUGGGUGGACUUUUGCUUCAUGUGUUCUGGAAGCUGGGCUGGGUAGAGAUCAACAGCAGUUCAAGAUCUCAUGUUCUGGCGUGGCUUCCUGCUGCAGUGCUGUUUGCGGGUAUCGUCUAUGCUGGGUCCAGAGCCUUGUCCAGACUGGCCAUUCCUGUGUUUCUCACUUUGCAUAAUGUAGCCGAAGUUAUCAUCUGUGGGUACCAGAAGUGUUUUCGGAAAGAGAAAACAUCUCCUGCAAAGAUCUGUAGUGCCCUCUUCCUCCUGGCCGCAGCAGGAUGCCUUCCCUUCAAUGACUCCCAGUUUGAUCCAGAUGGAUAUUUUUGGGCUCUAAUUCACUUAUUCUGUUUAGGGGCUUAUAAAAUACUACAGAAGUUUCAGAAACCCAGUGCAUUAAGUGAUAUUGACCAGCAAUACUUAAACUACAUAUUCAGUGUGGUGCUCCUGGCAUUUGCAUCUCAUCCCACAGGUGAUCUCUUCAGCGUCCUGGACUUCCCAUUCCUGUACUUCUACAGAUUCCAUGGCAGCUGCUGUGCCAGUGGAUUUUUGGGAUUCUUUCUCAUGUUCAGUACAGUGAAGCUAAAAAGCCUUCUGGCCCCAGGGCAGUGUGCAGCCUGGAUUUUCUUUGCUAAGGUGGUGGUGGAGCGGGGCCGGUUUCACCUGCUGGAAAAAGGACAUGUCUUUCUGGGCAGUGGCCACCGUUUCUCCUGA